AAAUGCCACAAUUCAAAGUCAAAGUUAAAUGGGGCCGUGAAAUGUUCCCUGAUAUUGAAGUUAACACAGAUGAGGAACCGAUUUUAUUUAAGGCCCAACUGUUUGCAUUGACGGGAGUGGCUCCCGAUAGACAAAAGGUUAUGUGUAAGGGUGGCAUAUUAAAGGAUGACCAGUGGAAUUUACAAAUCAAAGAGGGAGCCACCAUAUUACUCCUUGGCACAAAGGAGCAAGUUCCCGAAAAACCCGUGGAACAAGUUAAAUUCAUAGAGGAUAUGAAUGAAGCGGAAAUGGCCACAGCUAUGGAAGUACCCGCUGGCCUCACAAAUUUGGGCAAUACCUGCUACAUGAAUGCCACUCUGCAGUGUUUGCGAGCCAUCCCUGAGCUACGUGAGGCUUUAGAUAAUUUCCGUGUAGAAACGGCUGAUGCCGAUUCAAUGCCCCUGGCCAUUACAUCGGCCAUGAAAUUUCUGUUUAAGCAAAUGGAACGUACCGGUAGUACGGUAACACCAUUUGUCUUGUUGGGUACACUGCACAGGGCCUUUCCACAAUUUGCCCAAACCGGGGAAAAUGGUACAUAUCGCCAACAGGAUGCCAAUGAAUGUUGGUCGGAAUUACUGAAAAUGUUACAACAAAAGCUGCCAGCAUCCAAUAAAUUGACCGGAGCUGGGGGAGAUGAUGAGAGUGAGAAGAAGGAUUCCUUUAUAGAACAAUAUUUCGGUGGUACCUUUGAGGUGAAAAUGAGUUGUAGCGAGGCACCCGAAGAGGAAACCACCACAUCUAAGGAAAACUUUUUGCAGUUAAGUUGUUUUAUUUCGCCCGAGGUCAAAUACAUGCAUAGCGGUUUGAAAUCCAAACUCACGGAGACAUUAGUGAAACGUUCCGAAUCUCUGGGAAGAGAUGCCAACUAUACAAGAUCGUAUUUAAUCAGCCGUCUGCCUGCCUAUUUAACAAUUAAUUUUGUACGAUUCCAAUACAAAGGUAAAGAGGGUAUUAAUGCCAAGGUUUUAAAGGACAUUAAAUUCCCGCUCGAUUUUGAUGCCUUCGAUUUGUGUACCCCAGAAUUACAAAACAAACUGUGUCCUGUACGUGCCAAAUUUAAGGAAUUAGAAGAUAAAAAAUUGGAAAAAUCUAUUAAAGACCCCUUGGCAGCAACAGACGACAGCAAAGUCCUAAAGGAGGGUGAAGAGAAACCCAAACCGGAAUAUGAACCCUACUAUUUUGAAGAUGAUUUGGGUAGUAAUAAUUCUGGAUUCUAUACACUCCAAGCUGUACUAACACACAAAGGACGUUCAUCGACAUCUGGCCAUUAUGUGGCCUGGGUGAAACACACCGAUGAAGUGUGGUUUAAAUUUGAUGAUGAUGUUGUCUCCUCGGUGACAAGUGAAGAGAUUCUACGUUUAUCCGGUGGUGGUGAUUGGCAUUGUGCCUAUGUUCUGUUGUACGGACCUAAAUUGCUGCCAAAAGCCCCCGUUGAACCCAUGGACAGUACAUAG